GGCUCACAUCUCGGCGAAGUUCCCGGAUGGUCGCAGCCUCCCGGCGCGGAGCGCUUUUCCUGCCCUCCCUGGCUCAGCCCUACGGACCCAGAGAGAAGUUUUCCAGAAAAAAAUGCCCCGCGCGCCGCGGGACCGAGGAGCCGUCUGGAGCCGCCGCGUGAUUUACCCCCAAGACUGUUGAAAUUUUAACUGUCCAAGAUGCCUGUCCCUCCUCCGCCAGCACCUCCACCGCCACCAACAUUUGCACUUGCCAACACUGAGAAACCUACCUUGAAUAAGACAGAACAGGCUGGGAGGAAUGCUCUUCUCUCUGACAUCAGCAAAGGGAAGAAACUAAAGAAGACAGUCACCAACGACAGAAGUGCCCCAAUAUUGGACAAACCCAAAGGACCUGGUGCCAGCGGCGGUGGUAGUUAUGGUGGAGGCGGCGGAGGUGGCGGUGGUGGCGGUGGAAACUUCGGAGGAGGUGGACCUCCCGGAUUGGGAGGGCUGUUCCAGGCUGGGAUGCCAAAGCUGAGGUCCACCGCCAACAGGGAUAAUGAUUCUGGAGGAAGCCGACCACCGAUUUUGCCACCAGGAGGAAGAGCCACAUCUGCCAAGCCCUUUUCACCCCCGAGUGGCCCGGGGCGGUUUCCCGCACCAUCACCUGGUCACAGGAGUGGUCCCCCAGAGCCACCCAGGAACAGAAUGCCUCCCCAGAGGCCUGACAUGGGCUCAAAACCCGAAAGCCUUCCGCCUCCGGUACCAAAUACGCCAAGACCCAUUCCAUCGAAUCUGCACAACCGGGGAUCCCCAGCAGGGCUGGGAGCCCCCAGACCUCCCUUUCCCGGAAACCGAGGUGCUGCCUUUGGAGCAGGCUCUGUACGCCAGAACCCCUCGAGCUCCCCCUCGCCGUUCUCCAGACCCCCUUUGCCCCCGACCCCAAGUCGGGCCUUGGAUGACAAGCCCCCUCCACCACCUCCUCCCGUGGGCAACAGGCCCGCCAUCCACAGAGAAGCGGUCCCCCCUCCUCCAUCACAGAACAGCAAACCUCCAGUGCCUUCCACCCCACGACCUGGAUCCGGUUCACAGGCACCACCUCCUCCGCCACCUCCCAGCCGGCCGGGCCCUCCUCCCCUGCCUCCAGCUUCUGGCGAUGAGAUUCCGAGGCUGCCACAGCGGAACCUGUCCCUCACAUCCUCUGCACCUCCCUUGCCAUCACCUGGACGCUCGGGGCCUCUUCCUCCUCCGCCCAACGAGAGGCCCCCUCCUCCAGUGAGAGAUCCGCCAGGCAGAUCAGGCCCCCUCCCACCACCACCUCCAAUAAGUAGAAAUGGAAGCACACCUCGGGCCCUGCCUGCCACCCCUCAGCUGCCAUCCAGGAGCGCAAUGGACAGUUCCAGAAGUGGGUCUAGGCCUCCUCUUCCUCCUGACAGGCCUGGUGCUGGGGCACCACCCCCACCCCCACCCUCCACAUCAGUUCGAAAUGGCUUCCAAGACUCAUCUUGUGAAGAUGAGUGGGAGAGCAGGUUCUACUUCCACCCGAUCUCUGAUUUGCCUCCUCCUGAGCCGUAUGUACCAUCAACCAAGACGUAUCCCAGCAAACUGGCUAGAAAUGAGAGCCGGAGUGGAUCCAACCGAAGAGAAAGGGGUGCCCCUCCCCUUCCUCCCAUCCCGAGGUGAUCGCUGCCUGCUCGUCUCUACCCAGGCUCCAAAGCUGCUUCUGCCGUUGCUGUUGGGAAGCUGCACACCCAUCCCCUUGCUCUGUCCCCCUCAGAGAUAGUAGGGGGG